GGGUGGGAGACUGGACGUGUGUGGAGGCAGUUCGUAAGACUACGUAGGCCUACAAAGUGCAACAAGUGCAGACCAAGUGUGAAACAGCCCUCUGGUCAACAUGCGUCUCCUGUUUGCCUGUGCUCUUCUGGUGCUCUGCGUCAGCUCAGGUGACGCCCUGACGUGCAACUUCUGCAUGAGCAGGUCGGACUCCUGCGUGCCCACGACCCAGACGUGCCCGCCGUACCUGGAUGCCUGUGCCAGCGUGCUGUUCCUCUCCCCGCACCUGGGCGUCUCCCGUAGCUGCAUGAACAUGGCGACCUGCCAGAACUACCAACAUAUGCCUGGCGUAGCCGCCACAUGCUGCAGCACAGACAACUGCAACUGAAGAGGAGGACUGGAGAAUAGAGAAGAGAAGAGAAGUGAAGAGAAGAGAAGAGAAGAGAAG